AUGUUGUGCUAUUUUGAUCCUUGUUUCAUAUUUGAUUUCAGGUUCUUCAUCCACAUAGCGUUGGAGUACUUGUUCACUAUAUGGACUUGUUUCAUGCUUUACAAGGAAUAUGAUACGGUAGCAUCAAUGAGAUUGCAUUUCCUGGCUUCACAGCAUAGAUGUGCAGAGCAGUUUACAGUAGUGGUGAGGAAUGUGCCACAUGUUUCCGGUCACUCAAUAUCAGAUACUGUGGACCACUUCUUUAAAACAAAUCACCCUGAUCAUUAUCUUAGUCAUCAGGCAGUAUAUAAUGCAAACAAAUUUUCCAAGUUGGUGAGGAAAAGAGAUAGGCUGCAGAACUGGCUGGACUAUAACCAACUGAAGUUUGAAAGGCAUCCAGACAAAAAAAGGCCGACUACAAGGACUGGUUUCUGCGGGCUGUGGGGCAAAAAGGUAGAUUCAAUUGAGUACUACAAGCAUCAAGUAAAGGAGCUCAAUAAGAGAAUGUCACUGGAACGCCAGAAGAUUCUGAAGGAUUCAAAAUCUAUUUUACCAGUUGCUUUUGUAUCAUUCAAUUCUCGCUGGGGGGCUGCUAUUUGUGCACAAACGCAACAAAGCAAAAAUCCUACUCUUUGGUUAACAAAUUGGGCACCAGAAACUCGUGAUAUUUAUUGGAGGAAUUUGGCUAUACCAUUUGUUUCACUAACAGUCCGGAAACUUAUAAUAUCGUUGUCUGUAUUUGCUUUGGUUUUCUUCUACAUGAUACCCAUUGCUUUCGUGCAAUCACUUGCGAACUUGGAGGGUCUUGAAAAGGUUGCUCCUUUUCUUAGACCACUAAUAGAAUUGAAAUUCAUCAAGUCAUUCUUACAGGGUUUCCUUCCUGGUCUUGCUCUUAAAAUCUUUCUGCACAUUUUACCAACGAUUUUGAUGAUCAUGUCAAAGAUUGAGGGACAUAUAGCUUUAUCAACUCUAGAAAGGAGGACAUCAGCAAAAUACUACUAUUUCAUUUUGGUAAAUGUUUUCCUAGGAAGCAUUAUCACUGGAACAGCCUUCGAGCAAUUGCAUUCUUUCCUUCACCAAUCACCAACCCAGAUUCCUAGGACAAUAGGAGUAUCUAUACCAAUGAAGGCCACUUUCUUCAUUACAUAUAUCAUGGUUGAUGGGUGGGCUGGAAUAGCUAGUGAGAUUCUACGAUUGAAGCCAUUAGUUAUUUUUCAUCUCAAGAACAUGUUUCUUGUGAAAACAGAAAGAGACAGAGAGAAGGCUAUGGACCCCCAUAGCGUGGAUUACCCAGAGACUCUCCCAACUCUCCAACUUUACUUUCUUUUGGGGAUUGUGUAUGCUGUGGUUACUCCAAUCCUUCUUCCCUUCAUAGUAGUCUUCUUUGCCUUUGCAUACUUGGUUUAUCGUCAUCAGAUUAUUAAUGUCUACAAUCAACAGUAUGAGAGUGGUGCUGCCUUCUGGCCACACGUUCACAGCCGCAUAAUUGCAGGCUUACUGAUAUCUCAGCUUUUGUUGCUGGGUCUUCUCAGUACAAAAAGAGCUGCCAAGUCCACACCUUUGCUUGUUAUCUUACCCAUUUUAACAUUAUGGUUCCAUAAGUAUUGCAAAGACCGCUUUGAGCCUGCAUUUAGAAAGUAUCCACUUGAGGAAGCAAUGGCAAAAGACAUGUUGGAGCGUUCUACUGAACCUGACCUGAACUUGAAGGCUUAUUUGGCAGAUGCUUACUUGCACCCUAUUUUCCAAACAUUCGAGGAAGAAGAGGAAAUGGUGGAGGUUAGGGUAGAUAAACUCCAGACUCAUUGCAGCAGUCCUGCUGCCAGUGAACUAAGUUCCCCCUCCCCACCCCAUCACACUUACCAUCAAAGCUCAAGUCCUGAUGAUCAUGUCUAUCAACCUUCCUCGCCUCCUCGCUAUGUCCAUCAUCCUUCUGUGCACCCUCAUCAUAUUGAUCCCUCGAGUUACGUCUAUAGCCAUUCCUCUCAAUCUCAUUAUGCCUAUCACUAUGAAGAGCAUUGAUUUGAGCUUAUGCUUAUUACAUGAACUAAUCUUUCAGUAGGUUAUAACCAUUGAUUUUUCUUUUAGCAAAGCCUGUUUGUGUCUGAGUUGGCUUCUCUUGGUGUAAUUAGAUUAAUUUUACUACAAAUGUGGCUUAUGAUGUUCUGUCCAAAUUACACACUGAAGCUUCUACUGUGUCAUUACUGUUGAAAAGCUUUCACAUCAGCUAAUUAAAUCACUUGAUUUUCC